GAGGUCACCGUUCAGAGCGUGGUCGACGGCUGGCUCGGCGGCCUGGCGGUGGGCGUCACGCACACCGCGCCCGCCAGCAUGCAGCAGCGGAUGCCGGACAAGGCGUGCAACAUCCCCCGCACGUUCAUCAUCGGCUAUUCGGGCUCCGCGCACCUGAACGGCGUCGAGGCCCGGUGUCAGUGGCAGCCAGACAGGCUGCGGGAGGGGCAGCGCGUGGGCGUGCUGGUCACGGGGGACGGGCGCGAGGACCUGGUCGUGUUCGUGGACGAGGAGGAGGUGCUGCGCGUCGAGGGCAGCGCCCUGCACGACACAGGCCUUCGGCCCGAGCCCCUCUACCCGGUCGUCGACGUGUUCAACGCCACCCUCGCUGUUUCUCUGACGCCCUACGCGACGGCUCCCGAGGCGUGAGACUGUUUCUGUCGGAGCCUGCGCGCGGCAGUCGCUGCCCCCGGGCGCGGCGGCCACCGCGCUUUCGAUCCUCGGCCACGUUCUGGCCCCUGGCGUUGCUUCGGCAGCCUGCCGGACGACCAGCCCCUCUUUCGCUUCCGUGAGACUGCGGCGCAUCGUGCGCACGCCGUGGGCCGAUGUGCGUCCAAAAACGUUGGCGGCAAGUUCCGAAGUUGUCUGGGGCACGGGUGUACGUAAUUGGCCACUGCUGUGAUUAGAGUUGCGUGUCACUAGGAUGCAUGUGAUGCCCCGGAAGAGGGCUCUGUGGACCGAUUUUUUCUAGAUAUGGGCUUGGUGGCACCAUCUUUUCUGCGAGGUAGGGGUAGAGGCGCUCGAGACAAAGCAGCCUUAAAAGUAAAA